AUGGCUGCGUUGAUGAUGGUUAGAGAUAUAAAACCACGUAACGACGGGAACGAAGAACAUGAACAACAGGAUACUGGUCGGGUUAUUCGAGACAUUAAAAACGUGUAUCCUGAAGUUAUUGAUUUAUUUAGAGGAGUUAAUGAUUCAAUUUCAAAACAUUCUAUAACCCUCGAUGAAGAGAAUAAAUUAACAGAUUAUAUAUUCGUCAUUAUUGCAGAAUUAAUGAAGAGAAUAAAUGAAAAAGGAAUUGGUGAUAUCAUUAAUGUCAGCGAUGUAAUGAUGAAAAGAAAUUUUGACUCAUUAUUUACAAAACCGAAAACAGAAUAUAGUCUUUAUGACGUAAUUACCGAAUUAAUGAAAAAGAUUAAUGAUAAUAAGAGUUCUGGCGGAAGAGUUGAAUUAGAAGUGAAUGAUGUUAAUGAGAAAUUAGCCGAAAAAGCAAACAAAAAUGAGCUUUUAGCUCUGAGUGAUAAAGUCAAGAACCACGUUCAUUAUAUAACUUCAGACGAACAGAUUAUAACGGACUACCAUGGAUAUUUAACACGAAGUGAUGAAGCGAAGACAAAAAAUGUUAAUGAAAGAAGAUAUAAAUACAUUCGUGCUAAAGGUUAUGACAUAAGCUGUACUGUACAGUAUGAUGUAGCUAAAGCACCAGAAGCAUUUGGUUAUACCGGUGAAAUUUAUGCCUCUACUUUCAAUGUUAACGGUGUAUUAGUUGAACCAAGAUUUACUUUGAGAGUUAAGUCAAAAAUAACGUUUGAAGAUGCUAUUAAAAGUAAAGCUGACAAAGUUGAACUCGAAGCAAUGAACAAAGUUUUGAAAUCUCAUAAACACAACAUCUCCGAUAUAAAUGAACUACCAGCAAUGUUAGACAGUAAAGCUGACAAGAACCAUACACAUAAAUCCUUCACUACUGUUAGAGCAGACGACAUAAUAUUGAACUUUGACCUUGGUUCAAAUGCACCAUUAGAAAAUCCAAGUACAAGCGUAAAAGAUACUCUUAACAAUUUAGAUAACAGUUGCAGGAA